UGAAUCCUGUAAACAUUUUUAGCAACAACGAAGCGAGUGUUCCGUGAACUGCAGCCAUUAAUCCAGCGGCGCUUUAUGCUCGUUUUAGCAUUUGUUAGACACGUCGCUAUUUAUUGUUUAAAAACCACCGGAUAGAUUUUUAGCGGUUCUUGGCUGGCUUGCUCGCCAGUUUAAUAUAUUCGUAAUGGACCCAGCUAGCCGAUACCAAGUGCUGCACAAUGAGGAUGACUCCUCUGAGGCAUCUGUUAGCGAGCAGCCAUCAUGCUCAGCCUCACAGGCCGGGGCGUCGCGGGACCAAAACCAGGCAGAGAGCAGUAUGCUGCAUGCCCCUCCACCAGCUGAGGUUUUGGAAUCAGGCGGUGCAGAUGCCCCGCCUCCUCCUUAUGCCUCCAUUGAUGCAGGUGCAACUGCAGCUGCUCCGGAAACCAGUUUCCAAAGUGACUUCCCAGUGCCCCCACCCUACAGCGUGGCCACUUCAUUGCCCACAUAUGAUGAAGCGGAAAAGGCCAAAGCUGCUGCCAUGGCUGCUUCCACUGUGGAGGUGAUGUCACGGGAUGACGAAUUCCUUCCCAGAGAUGAUUUCAGUGACGCUGAUCAACUGAGAGUUGGGAAUGAUGGAAUAUUUAUGCUAGCCUUUUUCAUGGCCUUCCUGUUUAACUGGAUUGGCUUCUGUCUCUCCUUCUGUUUGACCAACACCAUAGCAGGACGCUAUGGUGCCAUCUGUGGCUUUGGCCUCUCCCUAAUCAAGUGGAUUCUCAUUGUCAGGUUCUCUGACUAUUUCACCGGUUACUUCAAUGGCCAAUAUUGGCUCUGGUGGAUCUUCCUGCUGCUUGGUCUGCUCCUGUUCUUCAGAGGUUUUGUCAACUAUUUAAAGGUCCGCAAUAUGUCAGAGAACAUGGCCACAUCGCACAGAACACGCCUCUUCUUCCUCUACUAACCAGUGUUUCACGUGAUUGCUAUUCCGUUCCCCAUCACCGUCACCUCCACCCUCGAAUGACCUGCCAGGGCCAUUGCUGCAGUGAAGAGAGGAGAAAGAAGGGCAGUGAAGAGUAAAUGUAGAGAGAGAAGUAUUGUGCUAAUGCAUGGGAAAUAGAAGCAUUUAGGUGUACAUUUUUCUGCUCAUAGCCAGGGUGUGUUGUCAAUUAGCCAAGACGCUAUUCGGAUCAAGUCUUACGUCAGGCAGGGUGUUGCUGUGUAACCACCUGCAUACUUAAUAACGUCUUAUAUUUCACUUAAAUUGACUUGUAGGCAGUUUGAGUGUGCAUACAUCUCCUCAGCAACAGCCUGUUGUAUUAGAACCAAAUCCUUGGAUUGAACAAAAUAGCAUUUUAGCAUGUCUGAGCCAAACAGUUUAGGGGUUUCAUUUCUGGAAUUUUGUGUCCUAUGCACCACAAGCCAGACAUUUUAAUUGGAGGAAGGCUACUGACACUGCUGCACACGUUUUCGAUGGAAUCAAAUAGAAACAGAAAUCAGCUCCGGUCAUUGUGGAUCUUAUUGGUCACUCAUGAGCCAAAAUGUAUCCCCGUGUUAGAUAUGGCCAAAUGCAAAAUGCAGCCUUGUUAGUGCUAUGCAAUGUUGUUAUUUGGAAUGACUUACAAUCAUAAUUAUGGAUUAUGAAAUCCUGUGAUGAGGAUAGAGAUCCAAUGCAAACUUAGGGCAAUACAAUGGCGUAAAAAUGUGACUGGCCAUGCAUUAACGCAGUUAUUUCUGUGUUUUUCUAACUAUAUUUAAAUUUCCUUCCAUUCUUUUCAUGCAAGUGUUUUGUGUUGAUGAGAAGAUCGCAAAUGACAUCAACUGGUAAUAUUUGCUAGAUAGGGUUAGGGCUGUCGUCCAGUGUGAUCGUCACACAAGUGGUGUUAGUUGAGCCCAACUGGCCAAAGUGUAUUCAUUAACGUGGAAUGAAAUGUAAAUACCAGCUUAAUACCAAUUCAUAAUAUAUGCACUUUGAACUUCUGUACAGUAUAAUUUGUGAUUCUGCUUAACUUGAUGUGGUGGUUGAGAGCGUUCCAUGUGUUUUGACUGGAAUUCUUAAAGUGGACCUAUUAUGCCCAUUUUCGGCCCUUUGUAUUGACUUGUGGACUGCUGUAGAGCAGCUACACACGGAAACCUGCAAUGAAGGAUUUCUAGAUCUUACAGAUUUUGCAGCUCUUUAUGCGGUAUCUGACAUUUGGCAUCGUUUAACUAGAGAAUACAACAUUGUAACAACAUUUAUAGGUCAGAAAUGUGGAAAAGCAUAAUAGGUCCCCUUUAAUCAUGCAAAAUACUGUGCUGUUUUUUUUCAGUUUUUUCAUUGCACUUUUUGCUUUUCACAUUGACUUCUGUCUUCUUUCAUUACUGAACUGUGACCAUUAAGUGUUGCCAAACCCCCCCACCCCACCCUUUUUCAGCGAUAUCCAAAUUUGCUGCAUGAUUUACGUGCUUGAAUGAGUAGCAGGGAUAUCAGAAGCUUGUGGUUUAGUUACAAAGCCAUGAACCAGUGCAAAGAACAAAAAAUAUCAAAUUACAGUUCUGUUGUUGCUGUAGAAAAUAAUGUCACGGUCAUUUACUGUAACUGGAAUUAAUUGAUGUAUUGAACAAUGACAAUAAAGUAUAUUAAAAAAGCA